GUUACAACUCAUGGUGGGAUCACCCAAAUUUUUCAUGGAGUAAUGAUCAAUAUCCUACAUAUUCAUCACAACCUAUUUUUCAGCAUGAUUUCCAAUCACAAGUUAGAGCCCCUAUACUUGAGAAGAAGCUAACUUUGGAGGAUAUGCUGAUACAGUUCAUGACAAAGAAUGAUGCCAUCAUUCAAAGUCGAGCAGAAUCAAUCCAAAAUCUUGAGACUCAAUUAGGCCAACUUGUUAAUUACAUCAACAAUAGGCCUCAAGAAAUUUUACCAAAUGACACUGAGCCUAAUCCUAGAAAAGAAGAAUAUGGUAAGCAUCUUGAUGAGAUAAAUGGCAAGAAUGUGGUAGAUGAUGAAGAUAAAGUAGAUCAAGGUAACACUUCCACCAAUCAAGUUCGAGAUGAAAAAAUUAAGCAAGAGGAGGAAGUAUUUACACCACCACAAGUCAAGCCAUAUGUGCUUCCUAUUCCUUUCCUAGAUACAGCUGCUAAGUUACCGAAAGUGGCUAUUGAUAUGGAAAAUCCAAAGAAACUCCUUGAGGCUUGUUUGGUUCAAGUGGCAACAACGAAGGAUCAGAAUGAAGAACUCACAAAUGUUACACAUGUUUUGAAGGCUACACCAAAAGUGCAUUAUCCAAGAAGAACACAAUUUGAGAAGUUAGGUAAAGGUCAGCCUAUUCCACCAUCUUGGGUUGAGCAAGCACCAAAUCUUGAGUUAAAGCCACUACAACCUCAUCUUAAGAGGAGACUACUUUCACACCUCAAGCUUUUUCCAUGCAAACUCCAACCUUCUUAAAGGAUUUGGAAAGCAUGAAGAUGAGGAGAAAGAAGAUUAGAGCUUUCAAGGAACUACCACCAUUGAUAGGGAAGUUUCUUUUUCUUAUUCUUUUUAACUUUUCACAUUGAGGACAAUGUGCAAUUUAAGUUUGGG